AUGUCUAAUGCGGCGAGCUACAAGCAGCGCAAAGAGGACUUCGUGUCCAAUUUGACGGGAGGCUCCGUCUCGGAGAUCGGCUAUGUGACGCUCGUCGCGCCCGCAGCCGUUCUUCUGUGGUCUGUACUGCAGGCUCGGCAGUCAUUCUUCAAGCCGUACUCGGUUCUUGGGUUUGUCGUCGACUUCUCACUCACCGUCGGCACUUUCCUGCUGGCCACUACCCUUUACUCCGACUCGCCCGUCUUGUUGAAUCUGCUUCUCCUGGCGCCGGCCUUUUUGAUAUGGCUUCUGCCUUCAUCCGCCGCGGGUUCAAAGAAGAAGCCCAGGCUUCCGCCAAAUGCCCAGUCCAAGGUUGCCGCAGGGCCUCUUCCGGCUCUUAGCAUCAAGCCCUUUCUCACGACGUAUCGCGGCUACAUGAUGAUCACCACCGUCGUUGCCAUUCUUGCCGUGGAUUUCCGGCUCUUCCCGCGGCGGUUUGCCAAGGUGGAAACCUGGGGCACGUCCCUCAUGGAUAUGGGCGUUGGCUCCUUUGUCUUCUCCGCCGGCAUUGUUGCGGCUCGUCCGGUUCUCAAAGAGCGAGCCUCGGGUCGCCGAGUCCCGCUGGCCACCCGCCUACUUCAGUCGAUACGUCAUUCCAUCCCACUCCUGGUUCUCGGCUUCAUUCGCCUUCUCAGCGUCAAAGGGCUCGAGUAUGCCGAGCAUGUUUCGGAAUAUGGCGUCCAUUGGAACUUCUUCUUCACCCUUGGGUUUUUGCCCCCAUUUGUGGCCAUUUUCCAGGCCAUCUUUGAUAUUAUCCCCUCGCACGCCGCACUCGCUCUGCUUCUGGUGGGGACAUACCAGGCUCUGCUCGAGAAUACGGCUCUCAAGGGAUUUGUCCUUACAGCCCCAAGAGUCGAUCUCAUCUCCAUGAACCGGGAGGGCAUCUUUAGCUUCAUCGGUUAUCUUGCCAUCUUUCUUGCCGGACAAGAUCUCGGCAAAUUCAUCAUUCCCCGGAACAUCACGUCAAGCAGCAAUUCGACCGCGGGCAUGCAAAGGAAUACUCUUCUCAUGACGAUAGCCGUCUGGGCCGGAAUCUGGACCGUGCUGUACACCAUUGUUACCAGCUACAACUUUGGGCUUGGGUUGACCGUCUCGCGCCGGCUGGCCAACCUGCCCUAUGUUCUCUGGGUGGCGGCGUUCAACUGCUGGCAGAUUCUCGCCUUUUGUGCCAUUGAUACCAUCUUCUUCCCCGCAUUUUACAACGCCGCGGACGCGCGAUCCGAGAAGGAGGCGUAUGAAGCGUCCACGAGCUUUGUGUUGAAGGCGUAUAAUCGCAACGGCCUGGCAGUGUUUCUCAUUGCCAACUUGCUGACGGGUCUGGUCAAUAUGACUAUCCCAACACUGGAUGCGACACCGGUUGUGGCCAUUGGAGUUCUCUUGGCUUACACGGCAACCGUCACAGGGGUUGCGGUAUUGCUAGAUAUCUACGACAUAUCGAUUAAGCUGUAA